ACAUUCUUGGAGUUCUUAUCAGGAUGUGAAAACAACCGACUGGUUUCAGGAAUGGCCAGAUUCCUACGUGAAGCACAUCUACAGUUCAGAGGACAGGAACGCUCAGAGGCACCUGAGCAGCUGGGCCAUGCGCAACACCAACAAUCACAACUCCCGCAUCUUGAAGAAGUCCUGCCUGGGAGUGGUUGUUUGCAGCCAGGACUGCUCUGCCGAGGAGGGAAGGAAGAUCUAUCUGAGGCCAGCCAUCUGUGACAAAGCCCGGCAGAAGCAGCAGAGAAAACGAUGUCCUAACUGUAAUGGGCCUUUGAAGCUCAUUCCCUGCCGUGGCCACGGGGGCUUCCCUGUCACUAACUUCUGGAGGCAUGAUGGACGGUUCAUCUUUUUUCAGUCAAAAGGGGCACACGACCAUCCAAGGCCGGAAACAAAACUAGAGGCAGAAGCAAGACGGUCGAUGCAGAAAUCUCAUAUGGCAUGUUCCUCCUCAUUGACUGCCUCUCCAAAGCUGAAGAAGAGCUCAGGGACAAAGUCCCUACCAGGUGAAACCCAAAGUCAAGAAAGUUUACCUUUAACUUGGUCUUACCAGGAAGGCUUCCAGUUGCCCAGUAGUCUCAAUGGGCAUUUCAUCGAUAACAUGCCCCAGAAGAAGCCAUUGAAUAACUGCCUUUCCCUUACCAAGAGCUACUGCUUUGGAAGAGCCUCCCAACUUGGGGAGCCCUUGGUGGAUUCGGGGCCCACGAAAUUCUUUGAGAAAUGCAAAUUGACCACUAGUCGGAUUUGCAACAGCGGAGAAUUGCUUCAGCCCUCUCUGCCAGGAGUCUACUCAGAUUAUGGAGAUCUUCAGAGCUGGAACAAGAAUGCGGGCUUGGGGGCGCCACCCCAUCAUGAUGGCUACUGUCCUGGCUAUCCCUUCCCUUUGACCAGUUGGCCUUGUGACCUCUCCCCUACGUUGAGCUGCAUGGAAGCAGGCAACCAGCAACUGCCCAGUGAGACACCAGUUGUCAAAGCUGGCUACCACCCAUUCAGGUCCAACGCGGCGCUGCCUGGGAGUGAACUGUACGAAGAGAAGCUGCAUGUGGAUUUUAAUGGCUACUUCCCCACAGCGAGGUACCACUUCCCUCAAGAAGACCCUUUUCUCCUUAGCUAUACCCCUCCUCACCAGUACUCACUUCCAACCAAGGGGAGCAAAUGGGACUUUGAUGAUGAAGUGAAAUGUAUGACUUUGGACCAUGGCAACAGUGACACAUUUCUAAAUAUCUAUCCCUUAAGAUGAUGCCAGAGACUCACCCCACUUGUCUCCUCCCUCCCCCAAAACCUCUCACCAAAACACAACCCAACAGAAAUUUGCUUUGGGAAACUUGGAGAUGGAUGUUUGAGAUGGGAGUGGAACUAACCCCAGAUAAGCUGAGCUAGGAGAGGGAGCUCUAGGCAGUUCUCACUUCUCUCCAUUAAUCUUUUAGGCACAUCCCUUAUCCCUACUGAAUCUACUGGUUUGACCCAAACCCAGUGUCAGGAAUUAAAUGGCCUCUGGAUUUUUUACACAUUAAGACUUGUAACUUCCAACCCCUGAGCUCUAAAUAUCUGGUUCUUUCCCUUUGUCCUCGACAGCUCCAAUACUUCAGGCCCAACACCAUUAUUCAGCAUUUCUAGCAAUGGCUCCUUGAAAGGGAAAUGGGAAGAGAUUGAAGGAACAAAUGGGGGAGGGAAUAGAAAUUAUAUUAUUCAAAGCUUUUAAAAUAGUAUCUUAUCCUACAUUUAGAUAAUAAAAUAUUGUUGUUUGAA